ACGGCUGAGGGGACAACAGAGGUGAGGAGGACCCCACAAACAAAAGACCAUCCUGUCCUGUUCGGUUCAGCUCCGACCCGUCCGGACCCCUGACGCCCCCCUGGUUCUGGGGUUGUGCUGCGGGAUGCGCGCGGACGGAUCCAGCCGCUGCUCAGGACCCGGAUGUUCAUAAAAUGGACUGAGACCCGUUCUGACUGUCGGAGCUGUUCUGGUCUGCGCGAGCAGGCCUUCCUCUCAAUGUUAUGGCUGCGUUGUUGCUGCUUCUUGUCUCCACGCUGCUCCCGUCCCUUCGUACUCCCGUCCAAGCGUCUCCGUCCUGUCCCCCGGACUGUCGCUGCUACAGCCUGACCGUGGAGUGUGGAUCCACUGACCUAAAGGACAUCCCCAAACACAUUCCUCCUUCCACUCAGACCAUCUUCCUCCAGGAUAAUGUGAUUAAUCAGGUUCGUCAGCUGGACCUCACCCGACUGAAGCACCUGCACUACCUGUACCUGCAGAACAACACCAUACUAAGUGUGGAACCAGGUUCUUUUCUGGAUCAAGGUCAGUUGUUGGAGCUCGCACUGAAUGGGAACAGAAUCCACCUGGUGACCUCCGACAUGUUCCAGGGUCUCGACCAACUCCGCAUCCUGUACUUGUCAAGAAACUUCAUCACACGCCUGCUGGACUACACCUUCAGUGGUUUACAGCGUCUACAGGAGCUCCACCUGCAGCACAACAGUAUUGAGAUGAUAGCAGAGCAGGCUCUGGCCGGUCUGACCUCUCUGGCUCUGCUGGACCUGAGCAGGAACAACCUUCACACCAUGGGCCCGACGUCACUGCAGCCCCUGGUUAGUCUGCAGGUGCUGCGCAUCACAGACAACCCGUGGCGCUGCGACUGCGCCCUCCUCUGGCUGAGGAGCUGGAUCGACGAGGAGGGCCAGCGGCUGCUGAGCUCAGCCGAGCGACGGCUGGUCUGCACCGAGCCCCCGCGCCUUUCCCACCUCAGCCUGGUGGAGGUGCCGCUCAACAGCCUGGUGUGCAUCCCCCCCCUGGUGCAGCUGGAGCCCAGGAGGCUGGCGGUGCGUCUGGGAGAGAGCCUCAGGGUGUCGUGCCACGCUUCGGGCUACCCUCGGCCUCAGGUGACAUGGAGGAAAGCAUCCCAAGGUAAAGUAGUGGACUCUCCCAGAGGUCUGGUUCAGGAUCUGGGUACUGGAGGAAGUGAAGGCUCAAAGGAGUCCUCGGAGGAAGGCAGAGUCAGCCUGCAGAAGACCGCCGGGGAGCACUUUGACCCCGACACUGGCAGCGGCAUGCUGUUCCUCAGCAACGUGACGGUGGCACACGCAGGCUUUUACGAGUGCGAGGCCUGGAACGCAGGAGGCGUAGCCAGGGUGACCUUCCAGCUCGCCAUCAACUCCUCCUCCUUGUCUUCCUCCUCCAUCUGGGCCACAUGGUCCCAAGCGUCCUCGCCGUACUCUCCCGCCUGGCCUCGACUGAAGAGCCACGGUCCGGCGCUGGGCUCCGACGUGAGCCGGGAGCCCCUGUACGCCCUGGGCAGCAUGGCCUUCAACGCUCUGGGAGCCGCCACUCAGACAGCCAUUUCUCUGGGCAUCUCCCUGCUGGCCCUGACCGCGCUGAUGCUGGUCGCCAUGAUUUACAGCCGCCGCCACCAGCGUGACAAGGAGCCCGAUGGGGCUGAAAAGCAGGAAGAAAGCAUCCUGUACGUGAAUGACUACUCUGAUGGGCCCACCAUCUUUGCCCAGCUGGAAGAGUACCGUGACGAGCAAGGCCACGAAAUGUACGUGCUCAACAGAGCCAAGCCCGUGCUGGCCCCCGCCUCGCUCUCAGACGUCUCCACCACUAAUCUGGGCUGCCACGCGCCGUCGGACACCUCCAGUCAAACGCUGUCAGUGGGGCCGGGACUCGGCACGAACCCAACUCUGAUCCUGAUCAAACAGCAGCCACAGGACUGCGGCGGCGUCCAGAUGACGAAGAGGAUGGCAGGGGAAGGAGGGGAAGCGGAGCCGGUGAUCCCGUCAGAGACUGAGGAGAUGUUCCUGAACCACACGGGUAUGUUCAUGGAGUCUCAGAUUGCUUAUGAGAUCCACUGUUGAGGGAAGAGGCGGCGCCGCUCAGCCAACACACAGAAACCAGCUGCAAUCUGUCAAUUAGGACUAGAAGAAACUCCUCCCAAGGGACACGAGGGAGCCUAUCACCUGCUCCCAAACACUGAACCUCUUAACGAACGAUGCGUGACGCUGUGUGCCAAAACAACGAAAGCUACUGAGCUUCACUCACAGUGGAGUCUGAGCUGCUCACAUCACCGGUUCAAGAACUAAAACCUGCCCUCUCAACUCCUUUAAGCUCGUUUCCAAGGCGAGAAAACAAGAAACUUUAAAAAUAAAGAAGAAAUCCUUCAGUAGCUGAGCUUGUACAGCAGCUGUUAUCAUUUAAAGUGUAAUUAUAGCUGGUGUAACUAUUGCUUAAAGUUCAAGAACAUGUUGAUUAUUAUAUUUAUUCUGUUAGUUAUGAAAAGAUUGUAAACUUUUAACAUCUUUUUUUGUUGUUCUUGUUCUGUUUGCUAAAAGGGUCAUUCCUGCUGAAUGUCCCGUCGACAAAACAGGGUUCUGUAGCACAAAGUCAGACCAGUUUUCCUGGACCACUUCUUGGACCUGUGCAGCUUCCGUACACCCGUCUGGUUCUGGUUGAGGUCAUGUGGUUUGGGAUUAAAACGUCUGGAUUCAACAUGGCAGAGGAUGAACAGACUAGAAGGCUUAGAAAGAAGUGUCCUCCUGUGUUUUGAAACAACCGAUUCAUCAGAAAUGCUUCAUCUGUUCAGGACCAGAAUCUUGGUUUUACUUUUCACGUUUCUUCCUACACGAAGGCUCACCUCGACCCUUCCAGAGUUUAAUGAUGUUUUUGGAGAUCUCUUAGUUUAUUUAUUCAUUGAAUUAGCCUCUGAUUGUUUUUAGGACCACGUGGGUAAAGCUGCUCACAUCAGUCAGGAUUAAAUCACUCCUUGCUUUGGUUGAAUUAGUUGUUUAGGAGGAGAUUUUAUUUGGCAAAUUGUGUACUUUUUUUCUAAUGUGCUCAGUUUUUGCUUCAUGUCACUUUUUUCCUGAUUCUUUUUACCUCAAAUAAAACCAGUCCAGCUUCUGGCUGAAAGACAAACAUC